AUGCCAAGUGGUGGAUACUAUGAAACAUCAAGUGAUGAACUGGUCAAAGGGCAAAACAAUGAAGGACCUUUUACCUCAUCCUAUAUCAAUGGACCAAACGCUGGAGGUAUAAUUGUUGGGAAUUCUAAUGGUGGACCCCUCGCUAGAAUUCAAAGUCAAUAUGAUGGUGGCCUGAUCAGCGGUGGACAGCAUGGAGGACCACUCAAUAGUUAUUCGCUUGAAGCUAGUGAAGAAGGCCAACAAUCUGAAGAUUUGUCUAGAGGCGGACCCUUUGUUAAAAAUCAAAAUCAAUAUGGUAAUGGACUGAUCAUCGGUGGGCAGCAUGGAGGGCCAUUUAACACUAAUCCACUUGAGUCUAGCGAAGAUGGCCAACAAUCUGGAGGUCUGAUCAAUGGAGGUCAACAGGGUGGACCAUUUAAUAGUAAUCAACAUGAUUUUAGAGGAUAUGGUGGAUACUAUCUAAUACCAAAAGGUGGAUUGGUUAGAGGGCAAAACCAUGGUGGACCAUUUGCACCCUCCUUUAUCAAUGGACCUUAUGCUGGUGGUAUUAUUCUUGGCAUGUCUAGUGGUGGACCCUUUGCUAGAACUCAGAAUGAAAAUGAUGUUGGUUUGAUCAGUGGAGGCCAACGGGGAGGACCAUUGAUGAGUAGUCAAAGUGGGGCUAGAACAAACAACUACCAAUCAGGAAAUGGUUUAAAUAUUAACACUAAAUGGGAUAGACCAAUGAAUAUAAUUGUUACUUCUGAUGGCGCAUAG